CCGUUUUUACUCGCUACCUGACCAGGGGAGCCUGCCUCCUCCUCUCGUCUCGACUCGUCGCACGCCCACCCGCCGCCCGCGCUUGACUUGACCGGGGAGGAGCCGCCUCGUCGUCGGGGGAGACCGGGGCUCGGGCUCGGGCAGGGGCAGCGUCGUCGAGUCGGCGGACGGAGGAGGACGACCCGUCCCGCCGCGCGACCGAGCCACGAGAGCCCUCGUCGUCGCGCCCGCUGCUCCCGCCAUUGGGGAUCUCGCGGCCCGUUCGUCCGUGCCCACCGACUCCUCGCCCGGGGACCGAACCCUAUCGUCUUCCGACGCCGGCGCCGACGGGAGGAGCUGGGGGGAGCUUGGGGAGGCGGAACGUGGUGGUUGUUGUUUAGCUGAUUAAAAGUACUCCAUGGUUUAAUGAUGAACUGGUAAUAAAGAAGUCAAUCAUUGACAACCAGCUGUCCGAGGAGGGUUUUGGAGUUCUUACUAAGAAGAGAGUUACUCAUGCUAAUCAGCAAAGGGCGGACAGAGACCUUGAUUGCUUUACUGAACUGAAGACAUGCCCAAAACACCUCCUGUCAAAGCAAGCAAGAACACUGAACUGCAGAAACAAUCUGCACCCAACUUGACAAUAACAAAUGGGCACACAAGUACAAAGGAAGUGGCUAAAACAGAGCACCCUAUCAAUGAUGUGAAACGCAUUACCACUUGGAUCUGCAAAAAUUUGGCCUGUAAAGCUGUUAGACCAUCAGAAGAUUCCUUCUGCAAGAGGUGCUCGUGUUGUAUUUGCCACAAGUUUGAUGACAAUAAGGAUCCUAGUCAAUGGUUAGUUUGUUCAUCUGAAAAUGAUAGCAAGAAUUGCUGUGGUUCUUCUUGCCAUAUUGAAUGUGCUUUCCGAGACAAGAGGUUAGGAUGUUUUGAUCUGGAGCAAAUUAUACAUCUGGAUGGGAGUUAUUCUUGUGCCUCGUGUGGAAAGAUUUCUGGAAUACUAGGAUAUUGGAAAAGGCAAUUAGUUAUUGGAAAAGAUGCUCGCCGAGUUGAUAAUCUCUGCCAGCGCAUUUUUUUGAGCUACAGGCUAUUAGAGGGAACUACCCAAUUUAAAGAAUUGCAUGAGAUUAUCAAAGAUGCAAAAGCAAAAUUGGAAAGUGAGGUUGGCCCACUUGAUGGAAUCUCGGCAAAGAAUGCACAUGGUAUCGUAAGCAGGUUCUCAGCUGGUAUUGCUGUGCAGAAACUAUGCUCUACAGCGAUUCAAAAAGCUGAUGAGUGGUUAAGUUCUCCUGACCUGCAUCUUCGAGAUUCAUUACCUGUUGCCUGUAGAUUUAAAUUUGUAGACAUAAAAUCUUCUUCGCUCAUUGUCAUCUUGAAAGAAACCUCGUCUUCUGACACUAUCAAAGGUUAUAAGCUAUGGUACUGGAAGAGCAGAGAGCAACCAAGUAUGGAACAGCCUGUUAUUGUGCCCAAAGAUAAAAGAAAAAUACUACUUUUUGACCUUACCCCAUGCACCGAAUAUUCUUUCAGAGUUAUAUCAUUUACAGAUGAUGGGGUACUUGGCCAUUCAGAAUCUAGAUGUCGUACUGAGAGCAGGGAGAUAUUUGGCAUGCGUGCACCACAGAAUGCAGUGGGAGGGGGUACACAGGCACAAAAAAGAGACAGGAAUCACUCUUGUAAGUCAUCUGGGUUCAAGAUCCGAGAUAUUUGGAAGAAUUUUCAGGAAGCUUUGGAUGCAGAAGGCUGUUUUGAAGGGUUUUCUGAAGAUGUACAUGAAGGUUCCUGCAGCAGAAAUGUUACAGAGACUGAGUUAUCUGGAGCUUGUCGGAAACUUCAUUUCAACUCUUCUGUCCCUGACCUAAAUGCUGAGGUACCUGUGCCCAUGGACUACACCACUGAGAAACAUUAUUAUUCUAAGAAGGGACUUGUGAGAUCAAAUGACAGUGGUGACUCUGAGACCUGCGCAGUUGGCCAGACUGCAGAGCCGCCUGCUGUUGAAUCUCGGUCAGUAAGCAAGGUGAAUACCGUACAAGUUAAUAAAUGUGAGCAGAAUGGUGCCUCUGCUAUUUGCCAUGAAAAAAUGCUCUCUGGAUCAACAAGGCAACUAGAUGGGGAUUAUGAGCAUUGUGUAAAGGUAAUACGGCAGUUGGAAUGCGAUGGACACAUUGAAAACUGUUUCAGGAUGAAGUUCUUGACCUGGUAUAGUCUGAGAUCGACAGACCAGGAGCGCAAGGCUGUGACCACAUAUGUCAAAACAUUAAGCGACGAACCAAGCAGCCUGGCUGAGCAGCUCGUCGAUUCCUUUGGAGAAAUCUUAAACAGCAAGAAGGCAAAAACUGGUUUCUGCAACAAACUAUGGCAUUAGGACAAGGAUAGAGCUCAAGAUAUUGCUAACUCACUGAUUAUCCAUAUUUUUCCCUGAUCGGUGGCAGUAAAGUUCUAGUUUAUUCCAUCAAUUUGACAGCAAUGAAAAGGGGCGUCGGUGAAAAUAGGAAAUUAUUUUAGGCAGCAAAUAGCAUGCUCUGAAAUAAUUCUUUUCCAUCAGGAAGUAGUGGAACUUAAUUUUUCAUUGGAUUACUAGGGUGAAUCCUGAAAUUAUUGUAGAAUGUUAUCUUAGUUUUUGUUGUGGCUCAUUGAGAAAUUCUUUUGGAGAUAGUAUGUUGGCUAUUCUGGGUUAUAAUAUCAUGGUAAAUGGAAUUUGAUGGUACAAAA